AUGCCAGCUUCCCUCCUUCGAGUCCAUCGAUCACAGUCUACGUUACUUUUGGAUUUCACCGGUUUAAAAUCGCCGGAAAACUUAAAAACCCACCGGGCAAUGACUGUGUUCACGAACAAGGCCGCCGGAUUUCUGGCCGGAAAGCAAGUGUUCCCAGUAGAGUGCGAGUCGGUGGUGUCUCAACGCCUUGUCGACGCUGUUCACGCUAACGACGUCAAAACGGCGUUGGAGUGCAUUGCUAAUCCCUUCAUUGAUGUUAACUACAUUGGAACUGUGAAUUUGAAGGCGAGGAAGACGGAAAUAGAGUUGAACUAUGAGUGUGCGAAUGAAGUUCGUUUCGAGUUCGAAGAGUUCAAGACGGAGGUCACCGCUUUGUUCCUGGCUGCUCAUAAUGCAAAUGUGACGUUAGUCAGGAAAUUACUGAGUGUUGGAGGCAACGUGAACCAGAAAUUGUUUCGUGGCUAUGCGACGACAGCAGCAGUGAGGGAGGGACAUAUUGAGAUUUUGCAGAUACUGAUAAAUGGUGGGGCAGCUCAGCCUGCGUGUGAGGAUGCUUUGUUGGAGGCAAGCUACAUGGGGCUGGACAGACCUGCUGAGAUUCUUAUGGGCAGUGACAUGAUCCGCCCCCAGGUUGCAGUGCACGCUCUUGUCACCGCAUCAUGCAGAGGGUUUGGGGAUGUUGUUGACACACUCAUCAAGUGUGGAGUUGAUGCCAAUGCAAAUGCCCGGGUGCUGCUUCGGUCCUCCAAGCCAUCUUUGCAUGCCAAUGUUGAUUGUAAUGCACUUGCUGCUGCCAUUGUUAGUAGGCAGAUUUCUGUUGUUCAGCUGUUGUUACAGAAGCAUGGUGCCAGAACAGACACCAAGGUGAGACUGGGAGCCUGGUCAUGGGACACAGCUACAGGAGAAGAAUUUCGGGUGGGUGCUGGGUUAUCUGAACCGUACAGUAUCACAUGGUGUGCAGUGGAAUAUUUUGAAGCCAGUGGCACCAUCUUGCGCUUGCUCCUGCAGCACCUCUCACCGAACAUCCCUCAUCUCGGGAGGACAAUCAUUCACCAUGCCGUCCUAUGUGGCAAUGCCAGAGCAGUCGAGGUGCUUUUGAAUUCCGGUGCAGAUGUGGAACUUCCAAUUGAAACAACUAAAGGAACAGAGUUUCGCGCAAUACAUAUGGCUGCACGACUUAACUUAGCUGAAGUUCUCCAAUACAUUAUCAAUGCUGGCUGCAAUCUCAAUUCCAGGACUGAAUCUGGUGAGACUGCACUAAUGAUCUGUGCAAGGUUUAAGUGCAAGGAGUGUCUCAAAGUUUUGGCAUCAGCAGGUGCGAAUUUUGGUUUGGUCAAUUUGGCUGGUCAAUCUGUUAUCUCAAUUGCUGGAUUAGUGUGGUGGACACUCGGAUUCCAACAAGCGGUUCUAGAUGUAAUUCGAGCAGGGAAGGUUGUUCAAUCUAGCAGUGCAAAAAUAUUGUCUCCACUGAUGUUUGUGACGCGAGUAAAUGAUAUUGAGGCCUUAGAAGUACUUACCAAGCAACCACACAUCAAUCUUGAUGAGCAAGAUGAAAAUGGAUUCUCAGCAGUCAUGGUUGCCGCAGCAGGUGGUCAUGUGGAGGCUUUCCGUGUUCUUGUUUAUGCUGAGGCUGAUGUACAGCUACUUAAUAAGUACGGUGACACAGCAAUUAGCCUAUCAGAAGCAAAUCAGAAGAGUGAUGCUUUUGAACAGGUAAUGCUAGAAUAUUCCCUUGCAAAGGGAAAGCACGAUUCAGGUGGAUUCUGUGCUCUACAUCGUGCUGCACGUCGUGGUGACCUAGACUCUGUAUGUACGUUGACUCGUGCAGGCUGUGACGUUAAUGUGCUCGAUUGUGAUGGAUACACUCCACUUAUGCUAGCAGCAAGAGGAGGUCAUAGGAAGAUUUGUGAGCUCCUGAUCUCAUGUGGGGCAAGGUGUGAGAUUCAGAAUGCUAGGCAUGAGACUGCACUCUUCUUGGCAAGGAAAAAUGGGGUGGGAAAUGAUGCAGAAUGUGUAAUAUUGGAUGAACUGGCUCGGAGACUUGUGUUGGGUGGAGCUUUUGUGAAGAAGCACACAAAGAAAGGUAAAGGAACUCCCCAUGGGAAGGUACUCAAGAUGGUGGGUGCCGCUGGUGUGUUGAGGUGGGGAAAAUCAAGCAAGAGAAAUGUAAUAUGUAAGGGAGCUGAGGUGGGUCCCAGUUCAGCAUUUCGGUGGAACCGCAGGAGGAAGUUUGAUGCUGAUGAACCAGGAGUGUUUCGGGUCAUCACCACCAAGACCAUGGAGGUUCAUUUUGUGUGCGAGGGUGGAAUUGAAAUGGCCCAGCUGUGGGUGAGAGGAAUUAGACUUGUAACUCAGGAAGCUAUUUUUGGCAAGAGAAUGGGAGAUGAUUGAACAUUGCUUUGUAACUUUCUUUUUUCAGGCCUUUGUAUAGAAGCCAGGGAUAUAUUAUUAUCACUCCCCCUCUCUUUUUUGUUAGUAAGCCUCG